AUGGCGUCGUCAGCGUCACUCAAGGACCUGUCCAAAGCUCUGACAUCUUUCCUGUCAGCCUCGCCGUCUCUGCCUUUGCCCGACGACAUCACGCAAGUCAUCGAAGCGUACCUGAACAAGCACGAAGAGUACAGCGACUCGAGCUCCGACAGACUGCAAGAUGAUCUGCUUGCUUUAUACGAGAAGCAUGUCAAGGGCACGCCGUCCAAGUAUGCUGUCUUCAUCCACAUCUUCCGCCUUUUGGUCCCAGUGCUCCGCACACCGGCCCGCCUCUUCAAGUGGUGGGAUAUCUUGAAUGACCCGGUCUUGGAGAACUUCACCCGGGAAAAGGGCUUGAUGGAGGAGUCGCAUAACGCCACCCUCGAGGUUUUGAUGCUGGGCCAUGUUGAUAACGACGAUUCGACCGCCGAACCUACCGUAAAUCCUUUCGCGCAACGGCUGCUGUCCUCGUGGAAGGACAAAUACUACAAGACGCAGUCGGGCAAUGACUUGACUGGGGAAUCGAGCGAGCGCGCAAUACGCCAGGCUCUUCUCACGUAUGGAAAAAAGAGACCCAAGGACUUUCUCUUCACCCUCGAUAAGUCGUUUGUUCGCAGCGAGUGCCGAGCCCGCGUUGCCAAACUCUUGUGCGAGUUCGUCCAGAGUCAACCGCCGCAUCUACAUCAAAUCUUGCAAACGCCCUUGUUCGGCAACUUGUUACGAUGUUUGCAACAAGACACCUCGACAACCGUCAUUUCAGUGGCAAUCACCGCUUUGAUCAUGAUAUUGCCACAUAUGCCAAGUUCGCUGGUGCCACAUCUUCCAAACCUGUUCAACAUUUAUGCACGGUUGCUUUUCUGGGAUAGUGAGAGGAUCGGGGUGAUUGAAGCUACAUCAGACGAAGGCGAGCAGAAGGCCUCAAGCUCGGGAUGGGAGACCUGCCAUUUCUCCCCCGAAACCGACGACAUCGAUGUUCCUCAUCUCGCUAAUUAUUUCACCAUCCUCUACGGCUUGUAUCCCAUCAACUUCAUGGAUUACAUCAGGAAACCGCAGCGAUAUCUUCGACAUGCAAACGCAGCAAACCCCGACGAGGUGGAAGUUCAGCCGACAGAAAUACGUCACAAGUCCGAGCGCUUUCGCCAAAGCCAUCUGUUGCAUCCCAACUUUUACACUCUCACCAUUGAAUCUGAAAAGACAGACUUUGGCCGUUGGAUGACCAGCGAGCCGGCCGAGGUUGUGGCGGAGUGUAUGGCGUUGCGCUUUUCUGCGGACACUUUCGCUGUUGUCAACCCUGACGUCGCUCAGGCCGCCGAGGGUGAGGGCUCGCUUCUCAGUGACGAGUCAGAUCGUGACGGGCUGGGGCCUGCUUUGUUGAGCGAUGCUGCGCCGGGGGCUGGUGCCGAGAGUUGGAGGACCAUCCGAACGCCAGAGGAAGCUUCUCGGGCGAGUAGUCGCGUUCAUUCGACUGCUCAGCGUCAAAGUUCGCUGUCAAGCCAACCGUCCAACCGAAACUCACUGGAAGCACCCAGGACCGAUUUGCCCGGUGACAGUCCAACGUUGCCGCCGCAACUUAACCCGUCUUCCUCGCACACGCAUCUACAAGAUAUGAUUCACUCAAAUAAGGUGAUCAAGUCUGGGCUUCAUCAGUCUCUGGCCAAUGACAGUGUUCCCUCGCUGGCCCUCAGCCACCAGGACUCUGCAGCCGAGAAGUCAUCCACACAACUGCCUCCUCCGCCGGUCGCAAUCUCCGCGCCGUCCUCUGCAGCUGACGGGCAAACCCAAAUUGCGUUCUUGCAGCGGCAGCUUCUCCUUCUACAAAACGAUUUGAACUUUGAGAGAUAUCUCAAGCAGCAGCAUAUGGCGCAUAUAGGCGAGCUACGACGGAGACAGGUUCAGGAAGCAGCGAGCGAGGCUGAAACUCAGAACCUCAUCUUGAACAAUCGUACUUUGCGGAAACGUCUGGAAGACUCGAAGAAGGCUGAGAUGCAAAUCAGAAAGGAGUCCGAGAAGAGUCGAACGCUGGCCAAGAAGUGGGAGUCUGACCUGUCUGCAAAGUUACGAACCUUGCGCGAGGAGUCUCGGAAGACGAAGUUGGAAAUUCAGUCCCUGCAGCAAGAGUUGCACGCCGCGCGAGAGGAGUGUGAGAAGCUCAAGAAGCUGGUCUGCGAUGCAGAAGUCAAGGAACUCAACUCGAAGCAAAACAUGCAAUCCAUCGAAAUAAAUGCCGCCGACAUUGAUCGGUUGAGGGCAGAGGUAGAGCGGCUCUUGAUCUCGGAGAGAAAUCUCCAGGCCAAGGAGACGGAGAGGCAAGAAGCUCUAGCUUCUGCAUCCCAGGCAGAGAACAAGGCCACGAUGCUGGAUUUGAAACUGCAAGCUCGCGAGGAAGAGUUGCAGAAAACGAAGAAGAUAUUUCAGACGCAGAUUGGGGUUUUGAAUGCAAAGCUUCUGGAGGCACAUGAAGGACUGCACAACAGAAGGACAGCAGAGACCAAGGCUGCCGUGGAGAGUGCUUUGGCUGCAAGCCGGGCAAAGCAAGCUGAGCUGCAAAAACAGUAUACGACCCUGAUGCGGAAGUACACGGUCUUGCAGUCUCAAGUUGAAGAAGGCAGAUUCGCGGUUGGGUCGUCAAACUCUCACACGCGGCCCGACUUGCCUUUCCGCAUGGACGUGGACGGGGCGGACUCGACUCAUUCGACCAGUCCCGUGACGAUGAGAGCUAGCCGUUCUGGACUCCACCGAGUCUUGUCAGAUAACUUUCUGCCGUCGUCGUACAGCAAUACGCCGCCUAUCAUGACCAACCCGUCAACCCCGGUACCCGCGGGUGCAUCGCUCGCGCCGGCACCAUCCAGUCCACUAGAGGCGGACGAAGCUGCCAGCCCGAGCACGACUGACCCACGAUACUUUGGCAGAGGUGGCGUUCAGAAUCGGCGCAAAGAUGAGAAGGGCAAGGGCAAGGACGACGGCGAUAAGAAGAAGAAGUCGGGAGUCAUACGUGGCAUCCGCGGAUAUGUGUAA